AGAUUCUGCCUGGCUUGUUCAUUGGCAACUUUAAAGAUGCCCGAGAUGUAGAGCAAUUGAGUAAGAAUAACAUUACGCACAUUCUUUCAAUCCAUGACAGUGCCCGCCCUAUGCUUGAGGGCAAGGCAUUUCAGAGAGAGCAUCAAAUUUAUCCAUGAAUGCCGGCUUACAGGUGAAGGCUGUCUAGUUCAUUGCCUUGCAGGUGUCUCCAGGAGUGUAACGCUGGUCGUUGCCUACAUCAUGACCAUCACAGACUUUGGUUGGGAAGACGCGCUGUCCGUUGUCCGAGCAGCGAGGUCCUGUGCGAAUCCAAACAUGGGCUUCCAGAGGCAGUUACAGGAGUUCGAAAAACAUGAUGUUAAUCAGUUCAGGCAGUGGCUGAAACAAGAAUACGGUGAAAAUUCCUGUCAGGAUCUGCAAGAAGCCAAAAAUCUUCUGAGCAAAUACAAAGAGCAGGCAGAGUUGCAGCAGAGUACUGGGGGAAGACAGUGGAAUAACAACUUCUCAUCUGUGCCAUCUCUGUCAUACAACAACUACACAACAGAGACCUAGUCAUAAAAAGUUAAAUAUC